AUGGCCAAUACUCAAUACAACAAUGUACGAUUAGUGCUCGAUGCCUCAAAAAGGCUCAUCUCUGUUUAUAUCGGAAAUGUAGAAAUCGAGCAUAUUUACUGUAAUAUGGAAGUUGCGAAGUAUCCAUGCUUGAAAAUGAAGAGUACACAUUUGUAUGCCCUGGUUAAUCGGGAAUCUCAAGGAUUUCGGGUGACUUUCAGUGCAGAACAAAAAGCUCAGUUCAUGUCUAUUAUUCGAAGAGUGGCUUACAUUUCCGAGACUCCCGAGAAGAAUCAUAUGAAUAGAACGUUUACAAGGACAGACAGAUGGGGCAGAAGUGCAGAUAACAAUACUACCAUUUCCUCAUCUCAACCAAUUACUCCUUCCGAACGCCGUGAUCCGAGAACAGGGUUUCAUUCAAUGAAAACAGCAGCAAGAAACUUGGCGCAAAAUUUCAUACCGGAACUGUAUGAGGGCUCUCAACUGUCGUCUCCAGCGAUUUCUCCCAUGUCUUUCUUCUCUCAGCCAGUUCACAAUCCAUACUCAAGACCUAUAUCGAGUGCCAGCUCUAUAAGCUCCUCAAUAAGCUCGGUAUUGAGCUCCUUAAAUGAUGAUGGUCCGUAUUAUAACUUCUCGCAGAGUUCCAGUUCUUCUUCCUACAAGAAUUCACCUCUGUCAGAUAACCUACGCUCUCCAUUCCAUGGUUCUCAAAGCUCGGAUCAGACUAGGCCAGCAUGUUCAAAUUUAAUCACAAAUGCUCCUCUGAGUUUCUCUCAACAAUCAUCUGAUCCAUUUACUCAACUGUCUCCUCCAGCUCGAACCGCUAAUAAAUGUAUUCAAACUGAUGAAAACACGAUCGAUAAUAUGAUCGAGGAUCCCAUAUUCAUGAGCAGAUUUUUGGAAAGAAUGAUAAAAAAUGCUAGAAUCAGAGAUUUGGUUCGAGCGAUGAGAGCUCAGAUUCGUAAAAUGCCGAUCGAAACAUUAGAAAACUUUCACAAUAGUACACGUCCAGUUGGGUAUAGAGGUUCAUCAUCUAAUCAACACCAACCUGCUGUCACCAAUCAAACAUCUGAUUUGGAAUACGACGUCUUUCACUAA